AUGUCGUUCCCUGCGUACACACCCAAGGCGCGCGUGCAGAAGCCUGCACCGCAUUUCUCAGGCCAGGCUGUUGUUGAUGGCGCAUUUGAAGAGCUCAGCCUAACAUCCUACACAUCCAACAAGCAAUGGCUCGUCCUCGGUUUUGUCCCCAUGGCCUGGACCUUUGUGUGCCCGACCGAAAUCAUCGCCUUUAGUGAUCGCAUCGCCGACUUCGCCGCCCGCGGCGCCAGCGUCGUCUUCGCCAGCACAGACAGCGAAUACAGCCUCCUUGCGUGGACCAACGCGGCCAAAAAGGACGGUGGCCUGGGCCAAGUCAACAUCCCGCUGCUCAGCGACAAGAACCACAGCAUCAGCAAGGACUACGGCGUCUUGAUUGAGGAGGACGGUAUCGCUCUCCGCGGAUUGUUCUUGAUCGAUCCCAACGGCAUUAUCAGGCAGAUCACCAUCAACGAUCUACCUGUCGGACGCUCAGUGGACGAGACGCUCAGGCUGAUUGAUGCCUUCCAGUUCACAGACAAGUACGGCGAGGUCUGCCCUGCGAACUGGAACCCAGGCGAUGAGGGUAUCAAGGCCACGCCCGAGGGCAACAAGGAGUAUGUCAGCAAGCUAUACAGCGAUACCAAGAUGGCAGAUGUGGCCAAGACAAAUGGAACCUCUUGA